AAGGAUUGAUUCCUGCUUUUUGGCCAUGGAAAUGCCACGGUGGCUUUAGCUGGCAACUGUAUGCGUGUGGAUGUUUACUGAAAUAAACACGUGUCAAAACAGUUUUCAGCGCCUAGUUGGUGUACUGUUACUGGAUUUUGCUUAGUUUUAUUUUUCGCGUAAAGGUCGCUUUAUGAAAGCUACAAUCUGGAUCGCGGCGGCGGAAACAGAAAGAAGAAGAUAGAGGAAUUCUCUCGGUCUUCUCGCGAAAAACUCGUCCAGUCCAAGAACAAGAUGUUCUCCAAAUUCACCUCGAUUCUGCAACACGCGGUGGAAGCGCUUGCGCCGUCACUGCCCUUGCAGGAAGACUUUGUCUACCACUGGAAGGCCAUCACACAUUACUAUAUAGAGACUUCAGAUGAUAAAGCCCCAGUAACAGACACUAACAUCCCAUCUCACCUGGAGCAGAUGCUGGACAUCCUGAUCCAGGAGGAGGGAGAGAGGGAGUCUGGCGAAACGGGGCCGUGCAUGGAGUACCUGCUCCAUCACAAGAUCCUGGAGACGCUCUAUACCCUGGGCAAGGCUGACUGUCCACCUGGUAUGAAGCAGCAGGUUCUGAGCUUCUACACCAAACUACUGGGCCGGAUUCGCCAGCCACUCCUGCCUCACAUCAAUGUGCACAGACCUGUCCAGAAACUGAUCCGUAUAUGCGGCGAGGUUCUGGCUGCUCCUACAGAGAACGAAGAGAUCCAGUUUCUCUGCAUCGUCUGUUCCAAACUCAAACAGGACCCCUACCUUAUUGACUUCUUCUUGGAGAAUAAAGGAAAACGAGUAGACGACAAAGUACCAGGAGCCGACGGGCAAAAAGAGGAUCCUUCGUCUCCAGAUACGGGUCAGCAGCAGAGCGACGGAGUCGCGUGUGACAACAGCAGCCCUGCACACGGUGCCGCGGCUGCGCUACACACCAACCACAGCAGCAACAGCUACAAUCUGGUCAGCUCUCUGCUCAACCUGACCAAGAGCCCGGAUGCCCGUGUGGUGGUGAAGGCGUGCGAGGGUCUGAUGCUUCUGGUCAGUUUGCCCGAGCCUGCGGCGGCAAAGACGUUAACGGAAAGCACAGAGCUGUGUGAGCUGCUCACGGCUCGCCUCACUUCAAUCUAUCAGGCGCUGCCUCAGUCCAUGGAUCCUCUCGAUAUCGAGACCGUGGAGUCCGUCAACUGGGGGCUGGAUGUGUACAACUUGAAGGAAGAUGCUGCUGCCUUUACAGGGAAGCGAGCGCUCAUUUCCUUCCUCUCCUGGCUGGAUUACUGCGAUCAGCUGAUCAAAGAGGCGCAGAAGACCGCGGCAGUAGCUUUAGCUCGGGCGGUGAGGGAGCGCUUCUUUGUACCCGUGAUGGAGCCACAGCUCAUGCAAACGUCAGAGGUGGGCAUCCUGACCUCCACAGCACUGUUGAAUAGGAUCAUCAGGCAGGUCACGUCGGACGUCUUGCUGCAAGAGACCGUCCACUUCCUGUUGGGAGAAGAACUGGGUCCCGAGACGCCGGCCAGCAUUACCCAGAAUCCCCUGAGGCACAGACUUAUCGGUCACUGCGACCAUCUUUCAGACGAGAUCAGUAUCAUGACCCUGCGGCUGUUCGAGCAGCUGCUGCAGAAGCCGUGCCAGCACAUUCUGCACAACCUGGUGCUGCGCAGCAUCGACGAGCGCAACUACAUCGAGAACAAGGCCCAAGAGGAGCGCGAAGAGCGCGAGCACAUGGAGAACGGGCAGCCUCACGACACCGUUGAUUUGGAAGAGGACCCUCUGUUCUCCGAUUUGUCUCCAGACACCAGGCUGUCCAGUCCCGAUUGGCUGAGCUGCUCACCGCCACCUAGCACAGAACACACCAAGCCUGAUGGGAAAACCGAGGUCCACAAAAUUGUAAACAGUUUCUUAUGCUUAGUCCCGGACGAAGCGAAAUCGUCUUAUCAAGUCGAAGGCACCGGUUACGACACUUACCUGAGGGAUGCACACAGACAGUUCCGAGACUUCUGUGGCAUCUGCCAGAGGUGGGACUGGCGCAGCAGCCCUAAACCUAUUGAGAAGUGUAACCUGGACAUCCCCUUCUUUGAGGGACACUUCCUUAAAGUGCUCUUUGACAGAAUGGGACGUAUCCUAGACCAGCCAUAUGAUGUCAACCUGCAGGUCACAUCAGUGUUAUCCAAGCUGUCUUUGCUGCCCCAUCCUCACUUGCAUGAGUAUUUGCUGGACCCCUACAUCAGCCUGGCACCUUGCUGCAGAUCCCUCUUCUCCGUCGUUGUCAGGGUGGUGGGAGACUUGAUGUUGAGGAUCCACCGUAUUCCAGAUUUCAACCCUAAACUGCUGCUAGUGAGGAAGAGGCUGCUCGGGAUGGAGCCGGAGGGGUCGAGUAUUGAUCACGUGACAUUGCUGGAAGGAGUCAUCGUCCUGGAGGAGUUCUGUAAGGAGCUGGCGGCCAUCGCGUUCGUCAAGUUCCACGCUACUGCGUCUUCAUCUCCAUGAGCUCCUACCCGCCGUGCCGUGGUGGACACAAGCAUCAUUGGCACAGUUCAGACUCGCCACAGAGUGGGCAACUGGCACAGGAACCACCACCUGAAUCCCAUUCAUCCUUCAGAUCAGGCUCCUGCCUGUAAAGAUCCAAAGGGUCGACACUCAUCCAUCUGAGAACAGGAGAGAUCAGGAUGGAGUAAAAAGCCCACAGGUCAAACCUGCACACGUGUGAUAGUGAAAGGUGAUCAUAGUAGCACUCAUGAUGCAUUUCCUUGUGCUUUAUCCUGUUUCCGAUUCAUCCAAAUCAUCAUUUUUUCUGUUUUUCCAUUUUAUGUUCGUUUUUUAAAUUCGCCUUUUAUUGUUCUUCUGGCCUGUAAUUUUUUUUUUAAUGUUUCUUUUUGCACAUGAACCUGCUGACUUUCAGAUUUUCAGGCUUAUUUAUUCUUGUCCAAAACGGAUCAUAGUUCUGUGAGACCUAAAAAAAAAAAAAAAAAAAAAAAAUCCGAAUUGUUGAUUAGAGAUACUAAUUGAAGAAAAAAAAAAAAAAGCUCUUGAAUAUGUCUAACGUGAAAAAAAAUAGAAUUUUACUAAUCUGUUGUUACGGUAACAGAUACUGUGUUCCUAUUAUUUUCUUUUGGGGAAACGAUACCAAAUGAUGGACUACGUAUCCAACAACGCAUAUGCAACCUAAAUCAUUAUCUGUAAUGUUGAUACUUUUAAUAACUCAGGAUCAGAAAUCGAACUGUGCUUAAAAAAAAAAAAAAAAAACAACAACGAAAUAGAAUGAGCAGAAUGAGCUGCUUUUAAUCCUGUUUGUUUUCUCAGUCCUGAUCCCUCUUUCCAUCUGUUUAAAAAAAAAAAAAAAAAAAAGAUAUAACGUGGACUCUGAAUGUUUAAGACGGACUGCGCACGUUUGCACACGAGAAAAUCGGAUUUCACUGGAGCGUCCGCGGAGAACUGUGCGUCACGUUCACGACAGUGUUUGAGAACCUUCCGGGUUUUUUUUUUUUUUUUUUUUUAAUGGUUUAACUUCUUCAUUGCCUUACAUGUGUGUGUUUUAAUUUAUGUCUCGUGUAAGCGUGAGCCUUGUACUUCGCUAGGAUUUAGCCGUCACUCUUCCACAUUUUACAGUUAUUUAUUAUAGGUAUGAAUUUUCUGGGGCUUUCUAAAUUUUAAAGGCUCCUUUUAUUACUUCAGUAUUAUUACAGAACAUCCGCCAUCUUUUUUUUUUUUUUUUUUUUUUUUCUUUCCUUCUCCGUCGUCUAUAUUUUAAAACAUGCACCAGCAAUAGUGUUGUCCAGUAGACUUUUAUUUUCUGUGAGACGCAUAAACUUUACACCUCUGCAAUCGUCCAUUUACUGUACAGCUGAGGUUGUGAAGCAGUUCUGUUAUUAUUAUUAUUUUAUUUUUUUUCCAUAAUUAAUGUAGGCAUGUGUUGAUAAUCAAUUCUGCAAUAACUCAGCGUUAUGUAACAUAACAGGACGUGCUGUGUAUUAUUAGACGAAUUAUCACUCAAUAUCAGCAUGCCCUGAAGUGAUUAAUCCUCUAGCACGGUAAAGAGAUGUUAGGAUGUUAGAUUAAACGUUACGCCGUAUAGCGAAGGCUAAAUCCGGUAAACUUUUUUUUUUUUUGGCGGUUAUUGUGACGUGAUUAGCAUCACAUGCCUGUAGAAACCCUUUUGCUUCGAUCUCUUCUUUCCAUUUAACUUGAUUAUCUUCUCCCCUCCAAAUCGAUCCAAUUAAUCAAACUUGCAGUCGGUGUAUAAUUAAAUUGCACAUUCACACUUGACAA